GGAGCAUUUCGGAGGUUUUCCGCUUUCUAUGAAGCUCUUGGCAGAUCCGACUUCAGAUUGAGAGAAAUCAAGAUGGCUGCUACAGGUUCUAAAUAAAGAGCAGAUUCCUCUGGUUCUCACUGCACAUGAAGCUCUCCUGACGCUGCAGUGUCUAAGUGCUACGCUCCUCGUGCCUCUCGUCAUGUCCUCCACCUCUUCCUCCUACUCUUCCUCAGGGGAGACUAGCCCAGAGGAUGUACCCCGAGGUGGGGGCACCAUCCGAGUCUACCUCCCCAACAAACAGAGGACAGUGGUAAAUGUUCGUCAAGGACAGACUGUGCACGAGAGUCUGGACAAAGCGCUCAAAGUGAGAGGCCUAAGCCAAGAAUGCUGUGCUGUAUUUCGUCUUCUGGAAGGUCGUAAGAGACUGACAGACUGGGACACAGACAUUACUCCUCUGGUUGGAGAGGAGCUUUUAGUUGAGGUCCUGGAUGAUAUACCCCUCACCAUGCACAACUUUGUACGGAAAACUUUCUUCAAGCUAGCUUACUGUGAUUUUUGCCACAAGUUUCUUUUUAAUGGCUUCCGAUGUCAGACGUGUGGCUAUAAAUUUCACCAGCACUGCAGUAGCAAGGUCCCUACUGUGUGUGUGGACAUGGAUACUAUAAGCAAACGGUGUGAUCCCAAUCCUUGCACAGAUGAGUACCCUCAGAUAAUAUUGCCAGAUAAUUCCCCUUCGCAGAGUAACAUAGCCUUAAUCUCGGAGCCUGCAGGGAUGGACCUCUUGUCCCCAACGUCUGCCUUUACUUUCCCCAUGCCUGGUGGAGAUGGCCAGUCUCUACAGAGGCAGCGCUCCACCUCCACUCCCAAUGUUCAUAUGAUCAGCACAGUGGGCCCUGCUGGUGCCAGCAUCAUAGAGGAAGCCCUAAAAUUGAACAGCAUGAUGGGUCCUGAGCCCUCACCGAAGCCCUCCACCAGUCCACCCUCUUCUCUUGGCUCUCCAGGGAGGAAACCACCAAAGUCCCCUUCAGAGCACAAGGAGCGCAAGUCCUCUUCAUCUGAUGAGAAAAAGAAAGUGCACCGAGGGGGCAACAGAGACUCAAGUUACUACUGGGAGGUCCACUCUCGGGAAGUCACCUUUCAGAAGAGAAUAGGUGCUGGCUCCUUUGGAACAGUCUAUAAGGGCAAGUGGCAUGGAGACGUGGCAAUCAAGAUCCUGAAAGUCACUGAGCCAACGCCUGAGCAGUUGCAGGCCUUCAAAAAUGAAAUGCAGGUCUUACGGAAGACCCGCCACGUCAAUAUUCUGCUGUUCAUGGGUUUCAUGACUCAACCCAACUUUGCCAUCAUCACACAGUGGUGUGAAGGCAACAGCCUGUACCGCCAUCUGCAUGUCACAGAAACCAAGUUUGACACUAUGCGUCGCAUUGAUGUGGCCAGACAGAUAGCACAGGGCAUGGAUUAUCUUCAUGCAAAAAACAUAAUUCAUCGAGAUCUGAAAUCAAACAAUAUUUUUCUCCAUGAGGGCUGGACUGUUAAGAUCGGUGACUUUGGCUUGGCCACAGUGAAGUCACGGUGGAGCGGCUCUCAACAGGUUGAACAGACCAGUGGCUCCGUUCUGUGGAUGGCUCCCGAGGUAAUCCGGAUGCAGGACAACAACCCAUAUACGUUCCAGUCUGAUGUUUACGGCUAUGGAGUAGUCCUGUUUGAGCUGAUGUCAGGGACCUUGCCUUACUCCAGUAUCAACAGCAGAGACCAGAUCAUCUUUAUGGUUGGACGUGGUUACUUGUCUCCUGACCUUAGUAAGCUGUAUAGUACCUCACCCAAGUCAAUGAAAAGGCUUAUUAUUGACUGCCUGAAGUUCAAACGUGAUGAGAGGCCCCUGUUUCCACAGAUCCUGGUGGCCAUAGAGCAUGUGCAAGACCUGCUGCCAAAAAUUGAGCGGAGUCGCUCAGAGCCAUCGCUCCAUCGGGCUGUCCAUGCUGAGGACCUGAAUCCCCUCCUGUUACACACCACCAGGCUGAUGCCCCUCUAAGCCCUUUGCAGCACUGGGCAGAGACCACAGCAUUCCCAUGCCUCAGAGAGUCUACAGCUGGCUGUCUGACAGGCUGCGACACCCCCCUCCAAAAUCACUCUCUGCCCCUGCACAACCCUGGAGCUGCACCACUCAGCACAAAACUCAGUAACUGCAGAAAUAACCUUAAUAUUUGCUUAGUCUAGUGACACCUUUAUAAUGCAUCAAACAGGUUGGCUUGCAUUACAUACUCGAACCUACUGGGAGAGAUGUUAAGUUGUUUAAAGGAAAAUAUAAAAUGUUUCGCAUGUACACAGCAAAAUUGUGUUGCCCAUUUUCAGUUUUACUCAGACAUUUGAGGUGCACUUUAGCCAACAAUCCAAGUCGGUUCAACAGCCAUAAUGCUGGGGCUGCUAGUUUAGGUCACUUGAUCAGCUGCCGCAUUUAGCUGUCAUGCACCCCGUCCAGUAUGCUGCAAGAUAAAAGAGGCUGGAGAUCUGAAAUGUGAGAAAAGUGAUUUGAAAUCCGACUGAGUGCCUGUUUGAGGGUGUUUUUGUAGAAGAUGUGACGUUUUGUCACAAGAAGUAUAUUUAACCAUGACAGCAAAGUAGUAUGAGACAGAGGAAGAUAAUGCCCAAACUACCAGAAACCUAGAAGAGGUUGGCAACUUCAGACACUGAACUCUGCAAAUAGGUUUAGUGAGAAAUAGUUACUCUGCACAUAGAGCAUAUAGUGAAGGGCUUGGUGGAAAAUGACAGUGACCUUCAUGAAACUACAGAAUAGCUUCUGUGGGUAGAUGUCCUCAAGUAGGCACUCAAUUGUGUUUCAAAUCACCAAGUUCAUCUUGGACCUGAGUCACCAUUUAUAUUGCAGUGGAGUAAUAAAAAGUUAAAAUACCAAAAGAGCAUUUGACCUGGUAACCCAGCAGGGCUUGGCAAAAUUAGCUGUAGAUCCAAUUCAGAACAUGUCUGUUAAGGCACUACUGUGUGGACUGUGGAGGGGUAGAGAGAGAGAGAGAGAUUCUAAUUCAACAUAUCUAUUUAGUUUUAAAACCGUAUUGACUGGGACCAAUACAAUGGAGCAAGUCAAACUUGUUUCAGAUAUUUUCUUCAAAGGAACCAAAAACUAAACAGCGUAAUGUCCUGUAUGUUAACCCAUGAUCAGUUCCUGAAACAAAUAGAUUUCAUGUAACUUGCAAUGUUAUUUACCUGGCUCUACUGGAAUUUCUUUCAGCUUUUGUAAUAAGUUCUGACCAUAGACUGUAUAUUAUGAUGGACAAAGUCUCACCACUUCUGCCACGGUGCAGCGGCAGCCAGCUUGCUUUUGUGAUGUAUUUUUCAACUGAAUUUUGCACAGUAGUGAACAGAGGUGGAGCUGCUGUAUUAUACCAGCAAUCAAAACUGUUAUGUCGUGCAAAAAUAUACCCCUCUAUAUCAAGUAGUUAAUUAAAAUGAUGUCCUAAUACUGCAACAUUCCAUCAGGGGGUGGGGGGGUUCAAUUGUGGUGGCUUCAGUCUGAGACCUGUCAUUAUGUACAGUCUAUGGUCUAAUACAGGACUACAUUGUUAGGACCAAUAUUUUUUGCAGUCUCUGCAAAAGGAUCAUUCCAGCAUUCAUCGCUGCCAAGCCAAAAUAUUACAACACAUUUUUGCCAGUGCAGAAAACCCCCUUUUAAAACCUCUGUUGGAUCAUCACAGAACACUACACUCAGUGGGAUAUUAAGAGAAUGUUCAGGUUACUAAGAAAAUCCAGAUUAGGUCACCAGUAGAUUGGUUCUUUAACAACUAUGUAAAGCUCCAGCAGGUUGAAAUGUAAUCUUGUGUAAAAUCAGUUCAAGUCGUUGGUCUCCCUCCAACACACAAUGACUGGAACACAUUUAUAUAGUAAGGCACAGACUUUACAGCUCUCAGCUGAGAAGACCGUCAGACUUGAGGAACUCUCAGCAUUUUAUUCCACAUACCCCUUUUCAUUAUUUUAAAAUCGGAAUGCCAUCACACUCCAGAUUGCAGGUUCACAGAUGAGAGGGCUUUUACUUAGGUUGUUUCUUAAAUGAAUGUCAUUUUAGCCUUUGGAGGAAGUGACAGAUCUCAUUAAGAUACAAUGUGUAUGUAAAUAGUCCGGUGCGUUGCUGCUAUGUUUAGUGAUUUUUAGGAGAUGAGGCAUACACUACCAGUCAGAAGUCUGGACACACUCGCACCCAUUUGGUUUAUUUGGAAUGUGUGCCCAAACCUUUGAUGGUAGCCACGGCAUACAACUUCAAGUCUUUUGCAGUCAGGUCUUGAAAUAGAUUCUUAAUGCCCUCAAACAUUGCACUAUGGAUCACAUACAUGCCCAUACACAUACUUUAGUUAGUACUGUAGUUAACUUGGUUUAUUGGUCGCUUGGGUUUGGAGGCACUGUGGGAGGUGUGAGAAGUGUGAAUAAGGACCUACAAAUGCUUAACUCAGUAAGCUUCACAUGAACUAGGCUACAUGGCAUGUCAUCAGAGCACAUCUGUUUUAGGUGGCCGCACUCAGAGGCGGCAUGAAAAACCUUCUACAUUGCAAAAGUUGAUGGAUGAAAUUGUGUGCAGAGUGACAGACAGUCUGAAAGAGGAUGAAAUCCCAAUUCCUCUGAUCUGGACAAUCAGUGUUUUGUUUCAGGACAUUGUACAGCGGUGCGGUCACAGUUCCACCAUUGAAACAGGAGUUUUAGAUGCUGUAGAGAAUCAAACCAGCACUUACCAGCCAUCCUACUGUUCACUUUAUGUUGUUACUUGGGAAGUUCAGUACAUCAGUGUUUAGCUUCAAAUCCAAAGACUGUGAGCAUUUUCCAGUUGUUGGUGUUGAGAUGCUUGUGCCUGUUGUCACCUUUGAAACGGUUAUAGUCAACCAGGUCACUGUCCACUUCAAGUUUUUUUUCCAAAAGCUGAUAUGUUCACGAAGCAAAAAUGUCAGGUGGAAUUUGUUUUGUGUUCUCAGAUGUGUGUUCUGUAGAAACCAACAUUCCUGAAAUGGUCAGAUUUGUAGAAAUGAAUGAGAGAAUGAGAUGCAGAAGCUUUAGCCAGAGUUGACUGUACUGUCGGUAACAUCAGGGCUGGUAGUGCUUUCAGGCAGAGUAAAGGUUGGACUUGGUGCAGUUUGGUUUCCAAGCAUUUUAAGGUCUGGAUGGAAAAGAUUAAUUUUGGGAAAGCAAACUCCAUAGAAGUAGAAAUGUGGGUGAUGGCAAUAGAGUGUAUCAGCAGUUUGCCCAGUAGACAUGGACCUGUAAAUGUACAGUUUGUUCACAGCGGCUGGCUAGUUUCCAGUUUUGUCUGAAAUGAAUUUCAGCUUUUGGCUGUUGAAACGCCGUUUGUCCUAUGUAGAUGUGUUAUUGUUGGCCAUUGUACAGCUAGAAGUGCCUCUUCUUCUGGCUUGAUUGUUGGGUGGAGACCGAUACUGAGUGAGGGAAGAGCAACACCUGCCUUCAGGGGUUUGGACCACAGCCCAAAGCCAGACAUUUUUCUCCAGAUGUUUCCUAUUUCCACCGCGCUGUCUUGUGUGUAACUGUUUUUGUUCCUGGAUUUUAAACUGAGGCAAUUGGUCUGUUCUGUUGUUUUUAAAAAACAAAAAAAAACAACAAUUUUCUUUAUGAAUGUCAGCAGUAAUCCAUCAACACAGAGUUUGCUGCUCUCUGGCGUAAUAGGUCAUCUUGGAAGUAUUAGCUUUAUGAUGCUAAUGAGUCCUGCCUUUUAGCAUCACGCUGAAGUUAGUAGUAGAUAGCAGCAGCAACAGCAGCUGUGAGGGUGACGUCUUUGGUGGUGUUGUGUGAACUGGCUGCGCUUCUCUAUACUGUAUAUGAUGUAUAAACAGAACAGAUCUUAAUGUCUGUGUUAGUCAUUAAUCAACUGCCAACACAUUUAAAGACAUUAAAACAUUGAUAUUUUAAUGUUGUGAAAGUAGGGGCUGGGAACCCUAGCUGUUCUUACUCAUUCCAGUUAUAUAGGUGGAUGGUCGUUUUGGGGGUGGGGGAUUUAUGCACCAGGGCUGGGAAAGACUUAGCUGCUGUCUUUCUCUUAUUUAUUGAUGUGUUUGCUGAUGUUCUUGUGUGACCGCAACUCUUUGAGGUGGAUUAAUGUUUAGAGAGAGAUCACCCUUUGGAAACAUUGAUGUCGUCACCAGGGGCUCUUUCCAUCCAGAAUGUUUUUUAGGCAUGGUACUAGCCGUUCCUUCACAUGACUUCCUCUGAUACCAUUUACUGCAGGGGUAUUUCUGAUCACUUUCUGACAAACGUCUUGAGUACAAACUAGUCAUCAAACUUUUUAGCAGCAUUUUGUUCAUAGGGUUUCACUACGAUAGCAUUUACAAACGGCAACACUUCAGAAUACUGUAAAAGUAACUUAUUGUGGCAGGCGGUGUGUUAAACUUGAGCAUGUCCUGUUAAGUGUAGCCUUUACAUAUUUGAACUGCCUAGGGCUGCUGAAUGGAACAAACCCAGCUUUUUUUAAAUGAGCUGCUUUUAUUACCUUUGAGCAAUAGCAAGGACAGAAUGUCUUUUUAAAAUGUCUAGAAUGCAAGAUCAGGAGUGCUUUACAAUAAUGUCAGACCAGGUUUCCUGUGAAUCGGUGACAGAAGUGCAUCGCCACUCACAGGGACUCACUGUAGUGGAGGACUCUUAUUUCCCUCUUCAGAAAGGCUGUUGAAUCAUUUUGGCUCAGGUUUUUGUUAGCGAGGGCUAUGAAACAAGAAGUGUGUUCAUCUAGUAUCGUAAGGAGGAGGGAAUAAGUGCCUCAGGUACUGGAAAUCCCUGUCAGACAUGGACCUGAAUGACUUCAUGACACAUUAAAAGAUACUGUACUGCCUCUGGAGAGUUGCACGGAGCACCAGAGGGGGAAAACCAGACGUACAGUAACAGCUGUAGGUUUCAGAGAAGAAGAGGUUGAGUGAGCUGUAUCAGUUGUCUUUUCAUAUCUGUAAAGUAAAUUGCAAUAUGUGUGUUUAUAGUUUGAGGUGUCAGGGGUGUUCAGUUUGCAAUAAACGGUGUAUUCUGCUGUGUACAGUUACAUUUUUUUUUAAUGACAAAUUGUACUUGUUUCUAUUUUUUGUGUGGUUUCAAAAAGAACAAAAUUAU